GCGUGAGCGUUUAAGUCUUCCCGGCCACUCUUUUUCUUUGCUCUCUGCCACUACCCUUCGAUGAACGCUUGAGCGCAUGCGCACCUCGACUCUCCAAAAACCGGGAACGGCGUCUCGGCGUCUCUGACGCGCCCGUAGCUGCGCCAAGCGCAGGCGCACACUGCUUCUAAUCCAGAACCGGACAGGAAGGGGAGGGAAGAGAGAAGAGACGAGGUCUCCGGCCGCCAGAGCCAGGAAGCGGCGAGACGAACGGCGGGAACAUGGCCGGGGCGCGGGGCGGGAGGCGCGCAGGCAUGGGAGCAGGAGCCCCAGCGAGGGCCGGGAAGAGGCCCGCGGAGCAGCAGCCAGAGCAGCAGGAGGCGGGGUCCAGCGAGGAGCUGCCUCUCUUCAGCCAUCCAGCCCCCAGCCAGAGUGCAGCAGGCAGUGAGUCUGACCCAUCCGACAGUGAAGACAGUGUGUUCUCAGGUCUGGAGGACUCUGGCAGUGACAGUAGUGAGGAUGAUGCCAGCAGUAUUGAAGGUGGACAAUCCAGGAGCAUCCCAAAGAUGACUCAGGACAAGUCCCAGGUUGGUGCCACUUUGCAGAACACAAAGGAAGCUAGUAGCCCAAGCCAAGAACCAAAGAAAGAAGAUGAAUAUGCAGAAGACAGUUCUGAUGAGGAGGACAUCCGGAAUACAGUGGGGAAUAUCCCUCUGGAAUGGUAUGAGGAUUUUCCCCACAUUGGCUAUGACCUCGAUGGGAAAAGAAUCUAUAAACCCCUGCGUAGCCGAGAUGAACUGGAUCACUUCCUGGAUAAGAUGGAUGACCCUGACUACUGGCGGACAGUACAGGACAAGAUGACAGGGCAGGAUGUGAGGUUGACGGAUGAACAGGUUGCUCUGGUACAGAGGCUACAGAAGGGCCAGUUUGGAGAUGCCAGUUAUGAUCCCUAUGAGCCAGCUAUAGAUUUCUUCAGUGGGAAUAUGAUGAUCCACCCAGUGACCAACCGUCCUGCUGACAAACGCAGUUUCAUCCCAUCCCUCAUCGAAAAGGAGAAGGUCUCCCGGAUGGUCCAUGCCAUCAAGAUGGGUUGGAUUCAGCCACGACGGCCGAGGGACCUCACUCCCCAAUACUACGACCUGUGGGCCCAAGAAGACCCCAAUGCCAUCUUGGGGCGCCACAAAAUGCAUGUGCCUGCCCCGAAAAUGGCACUGCCUGGCCAUGCUGAAUCAUACAACCCCCCACCUGAGUAUUUACUCAGUGAGGAGGAGCGACUGGCCUGGGAGCAGCAAGAGCCUGGAGAGAGGAAGUUAAACUUCUUGCCUCAGCAGUUUCGGUGUCUCAGGGCAGUGCCCGCGUAUGGCCGCUUCAUCCACGAACGCUUUGAACGCUGCCUUGACCUUUACCUGUGCCCUCGCCAGCGCAAGAUGAGGGUGAAUGUGGACCCUGAAGAUCUGAUCCCCAAACUGCCCAAACCCCGGGACCUGCAGCCGUUUCCCACUACCCAAUCCAUGGUAUACAGGGGCCACAGUGACUUGGUACGAUGCCUCAGUGUUUCGCCCAGUGGCUCUUGGCUAGCUUCAGGCUCAGACGAUCAUUCGGUACGACUGUGGGAAGUCAACACCAGUCGGUGCCUGAAGACGAUUCCUGUGUCUGGAGUGGUGAAGAGCAUCGCCUGGAAUCCCAAUCCUGCCAUCUGUCUUGUAGCUGUGGCUGUUGCUGAGUCAGUGCUGCUGCUGAAUCCAGGUCUGGAGGACCUGUCCGUGACAAGCAGCACAGACCAGCUGCUGAGUGCAUUCUCACCCCCUGAAGAACCUGCUGGGCAACCUGUGGAAUGGCAGGAGGCUUCACCUGAAGAGUAUGAACACGGCCUUAGGCUGCGAAUCCAUCAUAACAAGCCAGUGAAGCAGGUAGCCUGGCAUGGACGUGGGGAUUACCUGGCUUCGGUGGUGGCAGCUGCUGAGCACACACAGGUGUUAAUGCACCAGGUGAGCCGUAGGCGCAGCCAAAGCCCCUUCCGUCGAAGCCAUGGUCAGGUGCAGUGUGUGGCCUUCCACCCCUCUCGACCCUUCCUCUUUGUGGCUUCUCAGCGCAGCCUCCGUCUCUACCACCUGCUUCGCCAGGAACUCACAAAGAAGUUAAUGCCUAACUGCAAAUGGGUGUCUAGCCUUGCUAUACACCCCCAAGGAGACAAUGUAAUCUGUGGCAGCUAUGAUAGCAAACUGAUCUGGUUUGACCUUGAUCUUUCAACCAAGCCCUACAAGGUGCUAAGGCACCACAAGAAGGCCCUCAGGGCUGUCGCUUUCCAUCCAAGGUACCCGCUCUUUGCCUCCGGAUCUGAUGAUGGCAGCGUCAUUGUCUGCCAUGGCAUGGUCUACAAUGACCUUCUACAGAACCCGCUGUUGGUGCCAGUGAAAGUUCUCAAAGGCCACAUGAUGCACCGGGACCUUGGGGUGCUGGAUGUGAGCUUCCACCCCACCGAGCCCUGGCUUUUCUCCUGCGGGGCAGAUGGCACUCUUAGACUCUUCACCUAGGGAUGACAGGGUAGGGUGGGGUGUUCAAGGGACAUUUCUUGCUGUUGGCUUUAUCUGUCUAGGAGAGGGGGGGUUGGCAAGAUUAAAGCAUAAUCAGCCAUCCAGCAAGUCAAAGUACUUAGAAGGUUGACGUCCUACCCAGGCUUCUGCCUCUUGCUGCACAUAAAAUAGAAUCUCAUUGUUGGAAAGGGCUUUCAUCCUCUAAUUUAGGAGUUCACCUUUUUUCAGUCUGGUGAAGUUUAAAGGCCCCUUCUCAGAAAUUUUUUUUUUAAUAAAAUACAUCACCUUGCAAAAGGAAAUGAAUUAUUGAAAUAAAGAUCUACUUUUUUUCCCUUCCAAGUUUAAAGAUUCUGAGCCUAUUCACUCACCUCUUAUGGGUCUGUCCACCCCAAGUUAAGAACCAUUGGUCUAAUUCAACCUCCUAUUGAUUCUGGGAGUUCUUUCUACACAUCAGUACUACAGGAGGGUAAUAAUACCAAGCAUUUUAGAGCGAGUACUUUUAAGUACUUUAUACAUGUAUGUGUUAUCUCAUAUGAUACAGCUGUGUGAAGUAGGAAAUAUCUAAGGCAGAAUUGGAACUCAGGCCCUCCUGACUCCCAAGUCCAACUGUCUCCAUCUUCUGCCUGAUUUUUUAACAUCUCCAGCAAACAUCCAAAUCCAGCUUCCCCUUGAAAAUGUAGUGAUGGGGAAAAACUCAGUGCUUUCCAUUCCACUUUUAGAAAGCACUGGUCAUUAGGAAGCUUUCCGUUCCAUUGAUCUCUUGCUCUGUGGCUCUACCAAUUGCUGUGACUUCUGCCCCAUGGGCAAAGCAGUGUACCAGUUGCUGGGGGUCCAAAAACAAAAAGAAAACCAAUCCUUUACUCUCAAGGAUCUGACAUUGUGCUGGGGAUAAAACAUGGAACCGGAUCAGUACAAGCAUGGAUAUUCCGAGAGGAAGAAAGCGCUCUCAACUCAGAAAAAGCUUUCCAUGAGAGGCCAAUAACAGCCUGAAGUCAGGUGCUUUAGUUGCAGCAGCAAGAGAAGGAAGGCCAAGUUGAAGAUGCUGCAGGCCGGACAGUUUGCCUGGAGCAUGGUUUGUGAAAGGAGCCGAACUGGUUGACUUGUGGCUCUGCAUAUGUGAUACUCUCUAUCUCCUGUCUCUGUGCCUCCAUACCCUGGCAAGCUCUUUGUUCUUAGCUGUUGGAAUCAGAAUUCCUGGUUUUUUUCCCUAACUCCAUGACAUUGUCCACGUGAAGCUUGUAGUGAUUUCUCUGUCCUGCCCCCAAGCCACUGCAUCUAGCAGCCUCCCCAAACAUACCGUCUUCCCCAAUGGGAUGUCAGCUGUCCGAAGGCGAGGACUGUUUUCCUUCUGUAUUUUAUACCUUGGCAGUCAUAGCUGCUACUUAAUAAACGCUUGUUGAUCAACUCCUAGGCUGAAUCCAGAUUGC